AUGGUCGACGACAGCGAUGAUCCUCGCCACGUCGAACUCGAGACCCUCGAGGCCAUCUAUCCCGAGAUUCGACGUCCAAAUGAAAAGGACCUCUUCACCUUCGAGAUAGAACUCCCCGUUGAGCCUGCUGCUCCCGUUACCGUCACAUUUCCCGCAGCUUCUGCAGGCACUCUGCCCGCCCUGAAUGUCGCCGGUUCAUCCAUCGACAAUGUCCAGCCCGAGGUGGACUCUCUUGAAGUCUCCCACCUCCCAGCUCUGUGUCUUCGCAUCUCUCUCCCAGAUGGCUACCCUGUAGAUGUCCCGCCCAGAGUUGUGAUUUCGACGACUCCCCAGUGGCUUGCCCCGGAGACGAUCGAGAGACUCCAGGACGAUGGACCUCGUUUGUGGGAUGAGAUUGGUCGUGACAUGGUUGCUUUCACCUACAUUGACCACAUCCAACAAGCCGCAGACCAUGUCUUUGGGGCCAUAUCCCCAGAGGGAACGCUCCAGGUCGAUCCAGAGCAUAAGCUUGCUGUGUUGGACCACGAUAUCAAAGCAAAGAAGGCCGCGUUCGAGAAGGAGACAUUUGAUUGCGGAGUUUGCCUAGAUCCUAAGAAGGGUACCAAGUGUCACAAGAUGCUGGACUGCGGUCACAUCUUUUGCCUCCAGUGUCUCCAAGAUUUCUACAAUGACGCAGUUAACGACGGAAACCUCUCGACCGUGCGGUGUUUGGCUCCCAACUGCGCCAAGGAGCGCUCUAAAGUCAAGGACAACGGCGGGCCAUCGUCAAAGCAGAUCAAGAAGCCCAAGGUCACUAUCAGCCCCAGCGAGCUCUUACAGAUUGGACUCUCCGAGGACAUGGUCAAGCGCUACGUCACCCUGAAAUACAAGACGGAACUCGAAUCUGACAAGAACACCAUCUACUGCCCUCGCCAAUGGUGCAACGGCGCGGCUCGUUCGAAGCGUCACAAGAAGCCGGAAGGUCUUGACUUUGCCGAGACCUCUGACGGCGAAUCCGACCACGACGACAAGGCAGAAGACGAAAAAGCUGGCGAGAAAUCCAAGAAGAAGGCCAAGAAGUUCAACCCAGCCGACUUCUUGUCCGUCUGCGAAGACUGCGGCUUUGCCUUCUGCGGCCAGUGCUAUCAGUCAUGGCAUGGCGAAUUCGUCCGGUGUGCGCCCCGUCGCGAAAAGGGCGAGCUCAGCGAGGAGGAGAAGGCAUCGAUCGAAUAUCUCCAGCUUCAUACCAGCCCGUGCCCUACCUGCAAUGCCCCAGCUCAGAAGACCCAUGGCUGUAACCACAUGAUCUGUUCACGAUGCGAUACCCAUUUCUGCUACCUAUGUUCUGCCUGGCUGGACCCAGGGAACCCCUAUCGUCACUACAAUACACAGCCUGGCGGCAAGGUUACGUCGUGCUUCAUGCGCCUGUGGGAGCUGGAAGGCGGCGACGGCGACGACGUGGGCCUGGGGUUCGUCGGAGGUCGGGGGGAUGGUGCGAACCAGCCGGUUGCCGAACCUGCAGAGAUUGAUCUAGACUUUGCAUCAGAUGAAAGCGAUGCCGAGGCCGACGAGAAUAACAACCACAACCACAACAAUAACAACCUCAACAACCGGCAACUUGAUGAACAAGGCCAAGCAGUUGCCGUUGCCCGAGAGGCGCCCCUUGUUCUCCGGCUCGUGGACAACCAACCCCGAGACGGCCGCAACGGCCACCGACCGGUUCCCCCAGCUGCACCAGACGCACCCCAUCCCGCAGCACGCGGCCAUGGGCCACACCGGGGUCCUCUAGGACGUGGGCGUGGCGCUAGGGGAGGUCGAGGGCCGGCCGGGGUCGCAGGGCGAGGGGCAGCGGCAGUGGGAGGAGGAGCUCGAGGUGGUGGCGCCGGAGGAGGAGGAGGAGGAGGUGUCGCUAAUCGACAACGUCAGAAUCAGCGACAGCAGCAGCAGCCACAGAACCAGGGGCAAAACAACAACAACAACGUAGAUCACAUCAACCCCCCGGCGGGUCUUGAUGCAGCACAGGAGGAGUGGGUGCGUCGAUUCGUGCAGAUGGCGUUGAUUGACGCUGAGGACGAGGUCGAGGGCGACUCGGACGACGAGGGCGACGGUUGGAUAAUCCAAUGA